AUGUUCGAAGCCAGAAUCAAGCAAGGCGCCGUGCUCAAGAAAGUCCUCGACUCGGUCAAGGACCUCGUCACCGACGCCAACUUCGAGGCCGACCCCGUCGAAGGUUUCAAACUCCAAGCCAUGGAUUCGAGCCACGUCUCGUUGGUCUCGCUCAAGCUUCACGCCGAUGGCUUCGAGCACUACCGAUGCGAUCGCGCGUUGACGAUGGGGAUGAACCUGGCAAAUAUGGCGAAGAUGUUGAAGUGCGCCGGUAACGAUGACGCGAUCACGAUGAAGGCGGAUGACGCGGGUGAUACCGUGACGUUCAUGUUUGAAUCUCCGGAUCAACAAAAGAUUUCGGACUUUGAAUUGAAGCUAAUGGACAUCGACAGCGAACACUUGGGGAUUCCGGAGACGGACUAUGACGUCACACUCAGAAUGCCUUCGGUUGAGUUUCAACGCAUCUGCCGCGACUUGGCGUCCAUCGGCGAUACGGUGGGCAUCAGCGUGACGAAGGAUGGCGUCAAGUUUUCUACUACGGGUGACAUUGGUGAAGCGAACAUUACCGUGCGCCAAAACUCCGAGGAUGACAAGGACAAGAUGAUCGCCAUCGAACUCGGCGCGCCGGUGAGCUUGACCUUUGCGCUCCGCUACUUGAACUCUUUCACCAAGGCGACUCCGUUGUGCGACCAAGUGAUCGUCCGCUUGAGCCCGAACUUGCCGGUCGUCGUGCAGUACGCUGUUACUGAAGUUGGCUAUGUCUCGUACUUCCUGGCGCCGAAGAUCGAAGAUGACGACGCUAUGUAG